AUGAGGUGGAUACUAUUGGCAGUUAUUAUCCAGGUAUUUGUCACAUGUGUCCGGGCGAGUGACAAAGUGUUUUGGUAUGAAAGUGCGGCCGCGGACGGCAUGCAAGAAGCCGCGCCUAUCGGUAAUGGACGGAUAGGUGGACUGGUUUAUGGACACCCGGAGGUGUCCGAGUUCUGGGACGAGCAGCUGAAGGUUGUGACGAACGGCACUAAAGAACAGUUGGGAAAACUGGUGGUCUUUAAGGGGUGGUCACCAGAGCACGGACCCCAUGAGGACGGCGUCAGCUAUAAUCAAGAGAUCGUUUGGGAUUUGUACACAAAUUACGUGAAAGCGGCGGAUAUUUUGGGAGUCGACAAAGAGUUCAGGGAUCGCAUUGCAGGUCAGAGGGAUAAGCUGUUAUGGCCAGGGAUUGGAUCUUUCGGACAAGUGAUGGAAUGGAUGGAAGAACAACCCGGCGAGAAGGAUGACCAUCACAGACAUACUUCCCAUUUGUUUGGCGUAUACCCGGGACAUCAAUUCAAUUGGGAAACGUCGCCCACUUUGGCUAACGCGUCCCUGGUGUCGCUUAAGGCCAGAGGUAUAGACCCAUCCAGUGAUGUGAGGGAGUGGUCGUUCGCAUGGCGCUCGGGUAUAUAUGCCCGGCUCAGGGAUGCAGAUAACGCCUACCUCUUACUCCGCGAGCUGCUCAAAGAACGUAAUACCUGUCCCAAUAUGUUUGGAUUUCUCCCUGAAAUGCAAAUCGACGGCAACUUCGGUAUAACGGCAGCCGUCGCCGAAAUGCUGGUCCAGAGUCACGCAGAACUCAUUGAACUGUUGCCGGCUCUGCCCGCGGAAUGGAAGGUCGGACACGCGAAAGGUCUGCGGGCCAGAGGGGGACACGAGUUGGACAUCUAUUGGGAAAAUCAUACGUUGAAUAAUGUUUUAAUUAAGAGUGUGGUCGCCGGCGAAGUUAAGGUCAACACGUCAUCUGAUGAAAGCCCUGAAGUGGUAUUAAACAAUUGUAACACAUCUGAAGAUAUGCGAGAUAUUCAGACAUUACUCGAGUUAUACAACAGAGUGGAUGGCAUUCAUGAGUUGACUGAUCAGGAGAUCCAGUGUUUAGUGGAAACCAAACACAUACCGGCCUAUCAGUUGGAAUCCAUUUUAGGCGACGCCGGGAGAGGGGCUGCCAUCAGGAGGCGUGUCAUUGAAAAAUUGUCACACAAACAAAAG